AUGGAAAGCUCUGUUCUUGUGUGCACAGUUGGGCAUGUAAACAAGUUAUUUCGAAAGAAUUAUGGUUGUAGGAAAGCCAUAUUUGUUCAAAUCCCUUAUGGGGGAUUUCUAAAAUUCGAAACGAAGACUUUUUCCGUGGAAAAAAAGAAGAAAAGAAACGUAGACUUUGUGGAAACCCUAGCCCCAUACCUCACGCUCCCCGUCUCCCUCUCUCGACUCUGUCUCUCUCUUCGAACGCUCAACCUCCUUGUCGACUCCCUCUCCCUCCCUCCAACCCACAACCACCGACCCAACUCCAGCAGCACUACACCACCUCUCCAUCUGUGGCACCAAUCCUCUCCAUUACCGCACCACCUCUCCAGAGUUAGAUUGGGGAUUGAUGUAUGGAGUGGUUUACAGGCGAAGCUGAUCGGAUGGAAAGCUGGUUGUUCAAUGGUAGGAACAGUGGAUGUAUGUGAGGUGUAUGUCAGGUUGCUCGAUUAGAUAUGUCAGCCAACAAAGAGGUAUUUUUCGCCUAAUUUGUGCAUUCUGGUUUCUGUUCGUAUUUUCGGUUGACUGUUGUUAUUGAACACUAGAUUUGGCUGUUCCCAAAUGGGUAUGCUAACCAAAAUCGAAUCUUUUUCAUUUCUGUAUCCAAUUCCUAUGGUGUC